CUUCGUUCAAACCCACCACAAUUCAUUUUUAUAUUCACACUCUCUCUCCUCUUUUAUAACCCUUCUACUUCGCUUCACUUCUUCCUCUUUCUUCGCCGCCUCAUUCAUCUCUCUCCUCUUUCUCUCUCCUCACUCAAGCUCUCAUCAAUGGCGAAACGAAAAUCUUCAACGAAGAAACCUUCUUCUGCUUCUGCUUCGUCGAAGUGUAAGAAAUCUAAGGUGAUUGAGACUAAACAGGUCGAAAAUGGAGGAAGUGAGAAUGUAGAGCUUAGUUUUAACGAGGAGAGAGAAAAUGAAGAUUCUGCUGAAUCUCCGGUGAGUUCUGGCCGGAAAAUUCCUCGGAAAUUGGUUAAAAAUGAAGAAUUGGACUGUAGAUUUCUCGGAGAUUCUCUUCCGGAUGAUGAAGCUAAGCUGCGGUGGCCUCAUCGUUAUCUUCCAAAGGUUGGACAAGGAUCAAAGAGACCUAAAGCUGCUGACGAUGAUGAUGAGAUAAUUCAAGCAAAAUGUCAUUACUUGAAGGCUGAGGUUGAUGGUAGCAUGAUAUUUGAGUUGAAUGAUGAUGCUCAUGUUCAGUCUGAAGAUGGUAAACCACCAUACAUUUGUAAGAUUGUAGAAUUUUUCGAGGGAGUCGAUGGAUUGCCUUAUUUUAGAGCAAAAUGGUACUAUAGAUCUGUAGACACAGUUAUCAAAGAUAGUAUUACUCUAAGGGAAGAAAAACGCAUUUUCCCUUCUGAAGUCAUGGAUGAUAAUCCACUGGAUUGCCUUCUUCGAAAAUUGAAUAUUGUUCGGGUUAAUCCCAAUUUGGAUUUGGAUGCUAAAUUGUCUAUUAUUCCGGAUUGUGAUUACUAUUACGAUAUGCUUUACUUGCUACCUUAUUCAACAUAUAUAAAACCACCACCAGAAACUGCUGGUCCUGGAAGUGAGUCGCAAUCUACCAUCUCAAGCGAUGUAGAUGGCGAAGAAGCUGCUGAUGAUACUAAGUCUGAUUUGGAUGAGGUCAAUCAAGGGAAUGAGCCAACAAGAUCAGAAAAAACCCUAUUAGAUCUUUAUUGCGGCUGUGGUGCAAUGUCCACAGGUUUAUGCUUAGGUGCAAACUUACAAGGGUUUAAACUUGUAACAAGGUGGGCUGUUGAUUUUAAUAAAUUUGCUUGUGAGAGUGUUGCGUUAAAUCAUCCAGAAACAAAGGUACGAAACGAAACUGUAGGAGACUUCUUGGCUUUGUUGAAAGAGUGGCAGAAGCUCUGUGCAUCAUUUAGCCUGAUCAAAAGUGAGAAUACACAUAAAGAAAUUGAUAUGAUGGGUGUGGAUGAUGAUGACAAUGUUGACGAUGAUGAAGGAGCCGAUGAUGAUGAAAAUGACGAUGAAGUGUUUGAAGUGGAAGAAGUUAUUGGCAUCUGUUAUGGCGACCCUAAGGAAUCUAAAAAGCCCAGGCUUUACUUUAAGAUUCGUUGGAAGGGAUAUGGACCUAGCGAAGACAGUUGGGAGCCUGUGGAUGGGCUGGGCAACUGUCGUGAGAAGAUUGGAGAAUUUGUGAAGAAGGGACAUAUGGAAAGACUUUUGCCAUUACCGGGUGAUGUUGAUGUUAUAUGUGGUGGACCUCCUUGUCAAGGAAUUAGUGGAUUCAACAGAUUUCGAAACAAAGAGAAUCCACUAGCUGAUGAGAAGAAUGAGCAGCUGCUGGUAUUCAUGGAUGUUGUAAACUAUCUGAAGCCAAAACACGUGUUAAUGGAGAAUGUUGUUGACUUAAUAAAGUUUUCCAAGGGUUUUCUGGGGAGAUAUGCUCUAGGUAGGUUGGUUGAUAUGAAUUACCAGGCAAGAAUGGGGAUGAUGGCAGCAGGUGCUUAUGGACUUCCCCAAUUUCGAAUGCGUGUCUUCAUAUGGGGUGCACAACCUUCAGAGAACUUGCCUCAGUAUCCACUGCCAACCCAUGAUCUCGUACUUAGAGGUGUUAUACCAACUGAAUUUGAGAGGAAUACAGUCGCUUAUAAUGAAGGGCACACUGUCCAAUUGGAGAACAAGCUGUUGCUUGGUGAUGCUAUCUCUGAUUUGCCAGAGGUAACCAAUUCAGAACGUCGUGAUGAGAUUCAAUACAGCUGUUCUCCGAACACUGAGUUCGAGCGCUUAAUCAGGAUGACAAAGGAUGCUAUGUCUGGUUCAAUUGUUGGCCCAGAGCUCUUAACCACACUCUAUGAUCACCGGCCUCUAGAACUCAAUAUUGAUGAUUUUCAAAGGGUCUGUCAGAUCCCCAAGAAAAAGGGAGCAAACUUUCGAGACCUACCAGGAGUGCGUGUUCGUUCUGAUAACAAAGUAGAGUGGGAUCCUGAUGUCAAGAGGGUGCUAUUACCCUCUGGAAAGCCUUUGGUACCGGAUUAUGCAAUGACCUUUGUUGGUGGAAGUUCAUCAAAGCCAUUUGGAAGGUUGUGGUGGGACGAAACUGUUCCUACUGUAGUUACCAGGGCAGAGCCACAUAACCAGGUCGUAUGUCAUCCUUUACAAGACCGAGUUUUGACAAUAAGGGAAAAUGCACGACUUCAAGGAUUCCCAGACUAUUAUCAGCUCAAAGGUCCUGUCAAAGAAAGGUACAUUCAAGUUGGUAAUGCAGUGGCUGUCCCAGUGGCUCGCGCCCUUGGUUACGCUCUUGCAAUGGCUUGUCAAGGUUCUUGUACUUAUGAUGAGCCAUUGUUAACAUUGCCUUCCAAGUUCCCAAAUAUACCUGACAGAGUUUCUUCACCUGUUGUUGAUGACAACUCCUAGAUAAUGUGUAUCAUAAAUUCUAUAUUGUGUUAGUAUAAUUUAUUUAGGACACAUUAAAAAUUGUACUCCAGUAUGCGAGGUGUACAAUUAAUUUAAUAGAGGGUUGUAGACUUGUAGCUAAUACAUACAUCCGGCACUUAAUUCAUUAGGAUGUCUUGUAGUAUUGCACCUGGUAUAUCUACUGAGUUUGAAAUUGAUUAAAAAAAUAUGCAAUUUCUAGUUGUAUUAGAUGUUUGUUAACUUAUCCAACACAUCGUAUCAUUUGCUUUACAUUGGUAUUUGACUAA